CAGUCUUGCACACCACAAUUCGCGACAUGGAUUUACAUGCUCAGCUAUUAGACGUUGAGCAUGUGUCAAUGCAAAAAGACAAACUCUCCUCUUACAAGUCAAUUCUAGACACUAUACUUUUUGCUUCGAGCAAUAUCGAUGAAUUAGAACAAAAGUUAAACAUUUACGUGGACGCCAUUCUGCAAGAGCACAUUGGUCUCGUUGUGUCUCGACAAGCGUUGACAGACUUUAUAACGGCUGUGGACGAGCGCGUUCAAGAUGCUCAUACCAAAAAGGAAGCAUUCCAAUUUGCGAUCAACAGAAUCCAGUCUCGUGUUGUCUCUUUCGAAGAGCAGAUGUCGUCGUUGAGAGAGAAACUUGCUUCUACGUACGAACAAGAAGAAGAGUAUCUGGAGGCGGCCAAAAUCCUGCAGGGAAUACCGUUGGAUUCUGGACAUCGAGUCGUAUCCGAUGAUUAUAAACUGAACAUAUAUAUCAAAAUUGUUCGAUUACUGCUCGAAGAAGACGAAGCUGUAGCUGCUGAAACCUAUCUUAAUCGAGCGGCUCUCCUCAUUCCAAAUAGUCAAGAUUUGGUCACCAACCUUACAUACAAGCUUUCACAGGCGAGGAUAUUAGAUUCAAAGCGAAAGUUUUUGGAAGCUUGCUCCAAGUACCAUGAAUUGAGCUAUGUUAGUGAACUUGAUGAUGAAGAAAAAAUGCAAUGCUUAGGAGCCGCAGUGCAGUGUGCUGUGUUGGCAGGUGCCGGACCCCAACGAUCCCGAGCCUUGGCCACGCUCUACAAGGAUGAGAGGACGCAGCAACUACCAUCGUUCUCAGUGUUAGAGAAAAUGUUUCUGGACAGAGUUCUCCGACUUUCUGAGGUAUCAGAUUUCUCUUCCUCACUUAAACCACAUCAUUUGGCCAAACUUGCGGACAACACGACAGUUCUAGAUCGUGCAGUCAUUGAGCAUAACCUACUCUCAGCUUCCAAGAUCUAUAACAACAUCAGAUUCGACCAAUUGGCAGCACUAUUAAAUACAUCACCAGAACAGGCAGAACAAGUUGCCAGCCGCAUGAUUGCAGAAGGAAGAAUGGUCGGAAGUAUCGAUCAGAUUGAACAAUUAAUUUUUUUCGAAUCCGGUGGUGCAGCAGUGGAUGAAAAAGUUGAAUCGAAUGUGUCAAACGUCAGUGCGAGUGCCAUAACUACCAAAAGAAUAGGUCAAUCCAUGAUUGAGGCGGUCAAAUGGGACGAUGCCAUUCAAAGCAUUUGUCACCAAGUUGAAGACAUUAUCGAAUCCAUUCAAGCCAAAUACCCCGGUUAUAUCAAGCAAAAAGGAAUUAACUGUUGAAAUAAAGUUUUAAUACUGUACUAGCAAUAUUUCUUCACCUUUAUGUAUUGUACUCGGGGGUUUGGGAUAGGUGAUUCUAAAUUACACAUUUAUCUGGCGAUGAGGCAUCAAAAGGUUUCGGUUUUCUCUGGUCUGUCCCAGCUUACUCGCACGCCACUAACAUAAUAACAUCAGUUAUACCAUUUCAAGUUUACGACUGCCUA